CCCGGAAGUCUGCAUAUUUGUGUUGGGCUGCGUUGCUUGUUGUCGCUUGGGGCUUUUAGACUGUUCUUUACUGCUCCUGUGCUCCAUCUUCGGUACCAGCAUGAAGGAGCCGUCCGUCUCUCUGGGGCCGACCCCAGCCCCCGUUUUUCUCACCAAGCUCUGGGUUUUAAUGAAGGACCCGGCUAAUUGCGACAUGAUCGCUUGGAACACGAAUGGACAGACCUUCAGCAUACUGGAUGAGCAACGGUUUACCAAAGAGAUCCUUCCCAGAUACUUCAAGCACAGCAAUUUGUCCAGCUUCAUUCAGCAGCUUAAUAUGUAUGGCUUCCGCAAGGUGAUGAGUUUGGAGAACGGUCUUGUAAAAUCUGAGAGCGCCAUUGAGUUCCAGCAUCCUUUCUUUAAAAAAGGGAGACCGGAGUUAUUGGAACACAUCAAGCGUAAGGUAUUGUCAGCUUAUGGUAUUCAUUUCAGAGUACUAUCUGUAAUUAUGUUAUUCUUAUAAACAGUAGUUAUUAUACUUGUACACUGAACAGCAUUCAGUUUAAGACAGG